AUGGUUGAAGAUCUUUUUCUAAAUGAAGCGACCAUUAAGGCUCUGUUUCGGGAAGGAGCCAUGCCAGCACCAUUGGAGAAUGUUCAUUAUCCAGGUUUGAAGAUUGAAAGUUUUAAUGAUGAGUUAGUCCUAGCUAUGACAUCUGUGUUUGACAUGGAAUAUUGGACGAUGCAAAACCUUGAUUUUUAUCAGCUUAAGAAGCUUACCAUAGGGUGUUACAAUUAUGACUUGAAUGGAGUUGUGUUAGCAAAGUAUAUCUUCCAAUGUGCUCAGAAUUUGAAGGAAUUUGCUAUAUAUCCUUAUCGUGCGUAA